AAGUUCAAAAUGUUCAAACUAAACUAGUAUCUGUUGAAAAAAAUCAAGUAUAUGAUAAUAUUAAAGAUCCAGUAGUGUGUAGGGGUAAAGGUAGACCUCCAAAUAAAUGGUUAAAAGCUUUUAAUGAAGAAACAAAUAAGGUUAGUAGUAAUAGAAAACAACAGGUAUUUUAUAAUAUUGCUGACAAUGAUGGUGAAACUAGAUGUAGAUGUAAAUUAUAUCAUAAAUCAGGUUAUUAUGCCUCUAAAUACUCUAAUAAAGAAAAUGCAAUGUAA